GUAAGUGCUAGUUUCAGACGUUUUUAUAUCAUUAGUAACAUACAGUCACUGAAAUAACUGUAGACAUGGUCCACUUAAAUUGACAAUCAACAAGUCUGAAGUCCACUUCAUUGAACAAUUUAUAAUAGAGUUAUCCCAGUGUGAAGAAUCUUUUUCCCAGAUUGGUGAAUUUUAGGCACCUGUAUCUUCUUAUAAAUUACAAAAAGAUUGAUGGACACCUUAAAAAGCAAUAAGAAUAACUUUAACAGACUUCAUGAACCACUCACAUAAAAUUUGAUAUUUUGUUUAAGGCUUUUUUGUUGCACAUAAUUUUUCCGGUCAAAUCAAUCAAAAACACAGUUUUUGUUUCUGUGAAUACAUGUGAAAGUAAUGGUAGCAAAGCCAAAUUUGUUCAGCUCAGAUUAUAUUUCAGACUCUUCAAUAUUUAUGUUGGACAUAUUUAUUCCUCCGAAAAGGCGGACACUUGUGGCAUAACAGGGAUACAUAUUGAGUGUCAAAAUAAUUUAAAAGUAUCCAUAAACUCUCAUUAGUUUGGCUACUUGUAGAAACUACUGUGGAAGACAGUGUUCAUUUACAACUUGCAAAAUGUACACGUACCAAUUUAUAUACUAAUAUGUACACUAAAUUAUAACCUGCCUUUGUCUUGUUAAUGUCAAUGACUUAUACUCAUAAUUUAAAUGCUUGAAAUUCUAGUUUAUUUGAAUGACCUUUAUUUAUAUCUCCUUAGUGCAAUAAAUCAAUAACUGCAUAUAGAAAUAGAAGCAGAUAUUGGGUUCUUGCACUAAGGUGACAUGAUAUUGGUUGAGAUCCCGCAGGUAACUGUUAGGAGGGAGGGUCAAGCUGGUAAUAAACACGUCCAGGAAAGUUCUAACACAUACUGCAAUCUGUGAAUUUACAGAUUGAGCACUGCCGUAUCAAUUUCCUUGACUUCAUAAACAUUUUCAUUUUUAUAUAUCCAUUUCAUGUACAUUUGUUUCAUUUAUAACUCAUCUGUAAUUGAUAAUUGGACUAAGAUAUUGAUUAAGAUGCAUUUCUGUGUUUGACUGAAAGUGACAACAUACACAUGUAAGCUACUGUACUUUGGCUUAUAAAUCAAACUCCAAUCAUAUUAAACCAUACCAAACUCUUUAAUUAUUGGUCCGAAAAGACUAAUUGUUAAAUUAUACUGCAAUGAAAUGAUGUUUUCAAAUACAAACAUCAAAAAACUAUAAAGUUCAAAUAUAGACCAAAAAAUGCCAAUGAUCCAAAAAGGCUGUAUACUUGUAGCACAAUUCUGGAAUUAUUGCUAGUCUAAUGGACACAUUUCUAGUUCUUGUGAAUGUUCAGUCUGUUCUACAAAUGGCAAGUCAAACUAAUUCUUUACAUGUAACCGUUUGUUAGCCACGUUUUCACAGUGAAACCCAAUUAUUAGAAUGACGUUCGUCGUUGUUUCUGGCGGCUGGGUGGGUGGCCUCAAACUCACCUUUGAAACUAAAUAUUCUUAGUUAGGUUGGACAUAUCAUGACCAAACUUUGUGUAGAGGAAGAGAUUAAGCAUACCUUUCAUGGGAUUUUCUUUGGGGGUCAAGGUCACUGUUACUUUUUCUGUUUCUGUGUUUUUUUCUUCUGUAAUUAUCAUGGUACAUUGUUAGAUAGUCUCACAGUUCACAAAAUAUUUGGUAAAAUCUAAAAUAAAAGGCCACAUCAGGUUGAGAUUCACCACACCUACAUUUGACUGCUCAUAAAUGUAAACAAUGUUUACUUUUUAAGCGACCACUACUUUAUUUUUUACAAAAAAAGAAGAAAAGAUGCUGAACAGUCAUAAAGAGUGAAUAUUUUGUGGGAGUUUUUGUUUAACUAUCAUUUAUAAGGGAGAAUUGUAGCCUGGCAGCCAAAUGGGGUAUUUAAGCCAAGCCUUGCAUGGCAGUUUAAAGAAAUAGUGUUUUUUUCAUAUGUUGGUAUCCAAUACCUUUUGUAGCUGUUACUUUGUCAUGCACUGUGUGUGAAGAACACAUAUCCAGACUGUAACUUAAUAAUUUAAAGUUCAUGUGUUGCGUGCCAGACCCACAUCACUUCCUUUAAGGUCAAGGUCACUCUUUAUAGGUUAAUCAUUAUGGAAUGCUGUGUAUAUGCACAUACAGUAUAGGUGAUUGUGUCUGGGCUGUAACUUUGUUAUGAAUGUUGUUGUUUUUAAUUAACAGGGCACAAAUCUUAGUUCAUCACUUAGUGCAUAUCAGGAAAUUGAUCUGUCUGGCAUAUUGUGCCAUCAGCAGUCUGUCAGUUAAUCUGUGCUUGUGGUUGUAAGUCAGUUCUCCAGCCAGAAUUUGAAAAGGGCAGGGUGGAUUUUGAAAAGGGCAAGCUACACGAGUCACGUAGGGGCGAAUGGGUGUUGGUGUGUGUGUGUGGGAGGGGCCCACCCCUGUCAAAGGGGGGGGGGGGUCUAGAUUUUUUUUUUCAUACUCAAUUUAAAGUCUCAAUUAUGAGACAGCGGAUUAAGAGCUGCCUAUCUUUCGUGAUGAAAUCAAUAGUGAAAAGGGCUCUAAUAAGAUAGAACAGGGAUGUGAUUUGUCCGCGGAUUCGCGGAAUUCCGCGGAUCUAAUGAUAUUCCAAUUUGCCAGGCGCGUAGGAGCUGGGGCCGCGGUCGCGGCCCCAAUGUUCUGGCUAGUAACGGCAAUGGGGCCCCGAAUAUUUAAUACCGAUUUUCUUAAUAAUCGCAUUUUAAAUAAAGCUUCGCGCAUAUAGAUCAAUACCAGUCUGACACGAUAUUGAAUAAACAGGUCACCAUGUCAUAAUUAAACAUGUGACCAUCUAGCUAAUUGGCGUGUGAAUGGCGUGAAAACAUUCCGGGCAGAUUAUUAAAGUGGAAGAAGAGGCAAUAAGACAAUACGGUAAUUAUUUGUAUCGUUUUUGGUCUUUCAAAAAAUGUAGUUUAUUGUGAAAAUUGCAAUUACUCAUUAAAAAUGAAUUGUCAUGAAAUAGCCAGCAAUAUGUAUUAUUUCAAACUGGUCACAUAAAAGUUUGACUUUAAAAUGGACGUUCCAAAUCAGCCUAUAAGUUUUAAAUUUCCGAAGAGAUGUUUGGCACUAAGGAAACUGAACACAUGGCAUUCAACUCGCAAUGGUUCCGAAGUCACUCAUGGCUUUACUAUGAAGAAGUAAACUGCGCUAAUUUGUUAUUUAACAUACAUUGUGAGACUGCACAAAUAGGAAUAAAUGCUACUAAACGAUAAUAGUUUUAUAUCUUUGAACUAUUUUAACCGAAAAAGGUUUAGAUAAAAACACUAAAAUAAAACCUGAACUCACUGGAAAUUGAGUCUUUCAAUGCCUAAAAUUGAAAAAAAAAUCGACGGUAGGGGACACCCCUCCCGUGCCCACCCGUUCCGCGGCCCCAAUGUCAAUUUCUUUCCUACGCGCCUGUUUGCUUCAAAUUAAAGUCAGAUGAACCCUCAAAAGAGCUUCUGAAAAGCCAGUUUUUCUUCUACGGCAGUGUGCUUUUAACCCCAUAAGUGCCCCAAGAACUCAUGGCUGAAAUGGCUUCAGCCCUCCAGCUGCCAGGUCAAUCACAUCCCUGCAGAAGCAGCUAAAAGAGCAUCUGUGAAAAAGGCUCUACCGAAAAAGGGGGCAGGGCGGUAAGAAAAGGGGCAGGGUUGGACCGCCCUCUAAAAAUGGGCUAGGUGGAGUUAUACCUACUUUUGAUUUUCAAUUUGUUCUUUUUUGUUGCAAGGAAAUGUCAACAACAUUUAAACCUGUUUUCAAGUUGAUAUUUGGAAAAACAUUCAAAUGGGUGAAUUAUAAUUUGUGUGUAAAUGAGAUUUUAUACAAGAAUAUUGAUCAGAACCUUUAAUUGGUUGUAUAAAAUUAUUGUAUAUUUAAAAGAUGUUCAAUUGUUGGGACUUUAUUUUAGCCAAUCAGACUUAAGAUAGUUUUAUGCUCUGAAGGUAGGCAUAUAGUAGUCACAUCUUAUUGUGUUCAUCUGUCCAUUACAAUUAUGUCUCAGCUGUAACAUACUUAAGUUUAGUCAAAUUAUGAUCAAAUUCACAUAAAUGUUCAACAACAUGGGAAGGUGUUUUGCGUUUAGCCCUUCAGGGUCAAGGUCACACUUAGAGGUCAGUUGACUUAUUAUUCAUUCUGAUAAUGCCAAAUUGGAUGACAGCUUUUGUUAGGUUCUAAUAUCUUAUACAGUACAAACACAAUGAAAGAGAAACAAAAACGAUUUUUGCAAACAACAGUCCUUCAUUUAACUAAUAGUGAUUAAUUUAUUGUACUAUUAUGACACUAUUCAGCACAGAUCAUUAGUAUGUUCUUGUCAUUAUUCAUUUUGAUAUUACACCAGAAAUGCAGAAUCACUUAUAUUAGCCAUACUGCUGCUUUCUACACUUUGAUAUUAUUAUUGAUCGACUAGGUUACAGAGGCUGAAAUGCCUUGUUAUGCAUAAAUUCCAGGCAUUGAUUAUUCUGGAAAUUCCCAGCCACAAUCAAUAUGUCCAAUAUGGUUCUGGUGUGCUGCUCAGUUUGGGAAUUGUAAAUUACUGUUUAAUUCUGGUGUUUAGUCUCUGAUGUAUAGGAAUUCUUUAGAAAAAUAGGACAACAAAUGCCUUUUUGCCAUUUUGUUGUGGAGUUUAUGUGUGAAACUCUGGGAGUAAUGCCAGAAACACUCAUGAAUUGUGAUUUUUUCUGUCUGUGAAAGCAUUUGCUACCUACAAUUAUAGCAAAUAUUUGGAUAUUUUAAAGAUAUCUCAGAAUUGUAAAAGAGUAAAUAAGUACUAGAUUGGAUUAUUUACAAGAAACAUGCCACAGGAUUAGUAUGCUUUAUGUACAUACAAAUCUGACAUUGUAAUAAUUGAUGCAAUGUCUGUACACAGUGUUCACAUACAACUGUGUACAUCAAUUGAGCAUUCAGAGAAUGAAAACAUAGAAAAUGUUUAAUGAUCAUCAUUAACCAGAUUAUUACCAGAUUGUAAUUAUUGCCAUAUUAAAUUGGCUCUUUGGAACAUCAAAGUGAUUUACCAACAGUGGCUCUUUGCUGGCCAGGAUUUUUACCUGGGUUUAAAUUAGCAUAUAUUAAACUGAUGAACAAAGUAGAAAAUUUAACUGUUUUGUAUUGAAUUAUGAAUGAGAUUUACCACCAAUUGAACUAUUCACACAAGAGGAUGGUAUAAACGAUUUAUGGUUUGAGCUCCAUAGACCAAGUGUUACUGCAGAUUCAAGAUUUCCUGGAAUUAGAAUAAAUUGGACUUGUCAUGCAGAGUGUGUCUUAAAUGUUUGGUUUUCCAUUAUGAAAUGGUAUCCAUUAACAAUCCCAUUGGUGGAACAGAGUAUUGAUUUGAGUUUUGGAAUGUGGUAACAUGAGCUUUAUUGGUAAUUUCUUAAAUUUUAUAAGAUGCCAUCAGCUGCAUGACAAAUUGGAUUUGCAUGAAGCGAGCUGAUUUUGGUUUUGAAUAUCUGUUUCUGGAAUAUCUGUGUACAUAGAAAUUGUCUGUCCAUUUUAAAAUCAAUACGAGUCAGACAUAACAAAAACAGAGACGUUUGUCAAAUAAUUUCACUUCAAAUAAGAUUAUAUUGAAAAAAAAAAAAUGGCUGAAGAGACGAUAUAUUUAUGUAAGUUCCGAGUGUCUGUUGACGGAGACUGGCUUUGCCUGAGGGAGCUGAGUGAUGUUCAGUUUGAAAUGCCCCCAUCGUUGAGUAACUCCAUGAUUGAGGACGAUGAUCGAGACCCAAAAACAAUUGAGCGAGCAAAUUUACUAAAUGUAGCCAAAUUGAUAAUAAAGGAGUUAAUAGACUCUUCAAUGGCACAUGGGCGCAUGUUAGAUGAUGACCACGAGCCCUUACAGCAGUUCUUUAUUGUACUGGAGCACAUCUUAAGACAUGGCCUCAGGCCAAAAAAGAGUAUACUGCGGGACAGGCGUGACUUUUGGUGUGUACUGGAGCUGGUGGAAAAGUUUGUGCCUGAGGCCGCCGAGAUUACAGCAACAGUCAGGGACAUGCCUCGCCUCAAGACGCCACUUGGCAAGGCGAGAGCGUGGUUACGACUAUCGGCCAUGCAGAAAACACUUGCAGACUAUUUCAAAGUCCUCAUUGAGAAAAGGGACAUGGUUUUAACUGAGUAUUAUGAGCCUGGUGCGAUGUUAAUAGAGGACGAGGGUACAGUGGUUGCCGGCCUGCUGGUUGGGCUCAAUGUUAUAGACUGUAACCUUGGCAUCAAAGACGAAAACCUAGACACACCGAUGGGUGUGGUAGACUUCAGUUUGUAUCUCAAGGACACACGAUUGGAUGAAUCUGACCCUGAGGCUGAAAGUACUGCAAUGCAAGAGAAAAUGCAGACAAUUCUAGACCAGAAAAAUUACUUGGAGGAACUAAAUCGGCACCUUAACACAACAGUGGCAAACUUGCAACAGAAAUUAGAAAUGGCCAGUACAACCAAUGCAUUAAUGAAAGAAGACCUUGCUAUAGCCAAAAAUGAAAUUAUAGAACUAAAAGAGGAGAAAGAUGUCGCUGAAUCUCAGCGUGACACCAUUCUACACGUACACAAGCAUCAUAUUGAGGAAUCAAAGAAGGACAUCGAUGUUGAGCGCCAGACGUACCAGCAGUCGAGGGCGGGUCUGGACGAGAUGUAUGCCGAUGUGAAGAAAAGACUAGACGAGGAAAUACAACUCAGACUCGACGUUGAGAAGGAGAUGGAGCUGCAGAUCAGCAUGAAGCAGGAGAUAGAGAUGGCCCUGCAGUUGCUUGAAAAGGACAUUCAUGAGAAGCAGGACACCAUCAUCGGCCUGCGCAAACAACUAGAGGACGUCAAAAACAUCAACCUCCAGAUGUACGAUAUACUAGAGCACUGUGAUACUUCCCUAAAACACAAAACUGAGAUGGUCAGUAAACUGGAGGAGAAGACCAAUCAUCUUGUAUCCGUUCUCAAGGAAAAUGAGAAAAAACUGAAACAAUGUGAGAGUGACAAGAAUGCAGCAGAAGAAACUGCCCGAAAGCUCGGCCAAACCCUCGCGGAUAAAGAUGCCAAAAGAACAGCAUUGGAGACCGACCUGAGGAUUGAACGAGAGUGGCGCGGAAAUCUGCAGAAAAAUCUCGAUACAGAGAAGGCCAAAUAUACAGCGCAACAGAAGGAGCUUCAGCAGCUCCGGCAGGUUGAGCAAGCCCACGAGACACUUCAAAGGGAAUACAGGCAGUUACAGCGCACGUGUGAAGAACAGGAAAAGACUCUGGCCGAACUUGGCUCACAUCUUAGCGAGUCUAAGCUUCGAGUGGAAGAUUUGCGCGAGCUACAGCAGGUGAACAAGGAGGCCACAUGGGCUAGCGACAAGGAGGUGACCAACUGUAAACAAUGUGAAAAGGCCUUCUCUGUAGCCAGGAGAAAGCACCACUGCCGUAACUGUGGAGAGAUAUUCUGCGCGGAGUGUUCUGACAAUAAAAUGCCUCACCCUUCCUCAUCCAAACCGGUGCGAGUUUGUGAUUCCUGUCAUGAAAUACUUCUUCAGAGAUACUCAGCUGGUGGGAACUAGUGCAAUACUUAUAUAUGAUAUACAUUACCUGUAUACAUAAGUGCUUUUAAGUCGUUCAUCCAAGCCCGGUUUAAGUUUUGUUGCCUUCACAGUCUGUAUAAUAAAUAAUACAGUCUUCACGCUGUGCAAGAAGCUAAUAUAAGGGUUUGGAAUUUAUAAAGGACCAAUAACUUCUCUUAUUAAAGCAGUAUCAUUUACUGUCCAUUUCUAAUGUAUUGAUUAUGUAUAAAAAUCAUGUAAUAAAAUAUUUUAAUUCAA